GAUCUGAAACGCCAGAUUGAGGAAGAAUAAGGAAACUGAUAUGAACUUACUUCUAGUUAUGGCUUCUGUAGAGAAUCGCUCCAUCCGGAGUCUGGAGGAAGAACGGACAAGUGCUCUGACACCAGCCGUAGGGCUACUGUUCAUUUCAGAUCCGAGAGAGGUGAGGAAGUGUCGUGCUGGCUCCGUGCAGUCGUCCUUGCCAUACAUAGCGCAGGAGCAGGACGGGCUUUUCGUGUGUAACUGUGACCAUCUGCGCACGUGAGAGCCACAGGGACGUGGAUUGCUGACUGCGGACACUCUCUGUUCCUUUACUUGACGAUGACUCUGCAACCUGGUGCGCUCUGCUACUGCACUCUUUUUGUUUUACUUUAGCAAAUAAACCAAAGAUCGGAUGCACUAAAUUCCUUCUUUCGUGCGUAAUAGCCGCGCGGUAAGGCUACGGUGACGCGUUUUGCUUUUCAUCAUUGAGAGCGGGGCAAGUUUUCAAAGGCAUCGAUGAGCUACUGUCGGAGUGAGACUUUGGCAUCUGAGGGUACCUGUUGGAAUUAAAAAAAAUACAAACGUUACUUUAAAGGGAAACUGGAACGGUGCGUCUUCAGUGGAUUUUUUGCGCCUUGGUGACCCUCUUGUGGUGUGGUAUGACGGUGGAAACCAUGUUUUCAUGCAAUACGAGUGCCAUAAAGGACUGGAGCUACUUUCUGUCUCAGAUAUUGCCUUUAAUGAAUAAAACUACAGCCUCCGCUUUGUCGAUGGUCAACAUCGACAAAGCAGAGGCUGUGACGACCACUGUGGUGACAUCCUUGCAGCCGGACGGCGCCAUGAGCGCGAGUAAUCCCCCUAUCGACUCCAACCAUACCUCGGGCAUGGAGCACGUCUUUCAGUAUUCGUACUCGGAGAGUGACCUGCUGUACACGGACUACCGGACACCGGAGAGAGACCCCAUGCCUCUUCCCAAAGCGGUGCUCUACCUGGUCAUGGCAGCGCUGGUAGUAGUGGCAGUGGCGUAUGCGAUAGUUGGACACCUGGUCAAAGAUGUGGUGAAUGACUUCGUCGGUGGAGGCAGGUCGAUUGUUGGGGAAGGUGACGGUACAGAAACCAGUGAACCAGACUGGAUGUUUGGCUCUCGUCGUGCUGCCAACCGCAACAAGACCGAGGUUAACUCAAUCACCAACACCAUGAAUGAGAUGAGUGAGAGGCCCCCGCUGGUGGAAAUGAGCUACAUAUCCCUGAACCACACCAACCAUCUGAGCUCCACCAGACUGGAGGAGGUAGUGGUCACCAUAGAUGAGACACUACAGCAGCAACCUCCAAACACUCCCUCUGGGACUUAACUGCGACCUUCUGAUCUUCACUGAGAGAAAUCAAGCAGCGUCUUUGCUUGCUUUUUGUGUUAAAGUGGAUUUACAAGUCUGACACAAAUGGAAGCUUUAUCCACUGUUUCUUCACCUGCAGGUGGCUGUGUAAUGUUGGGCCAGAAGGUACUUGGAGGCAUGAGAUGCUGAUGUUUGUAUGUGACUUGAUUCUUUCUGGCUGAAAUGACAGAAGAGGGCAGCUAUAGCUUGUUUGGACAAGCAGCCGGAGAGACAACAGUUAUUUUUUCAUGCUUAGUCCUCAACAUGCCAACCCCUUUAUUUCUCCAAGUUACCCCUCAUCCGUUUAAAAUGAAAACACCAAUGCAAACAAUAUUUAAUCGCUCUAGAUAUACAAAACAUGCUGGUCAGUGCUUAUUGUAACAUUUCUGACAGCAAAGUGAAAAACUUCACCCUCAUAAGAACAGUUACAUUAACCCUUUCGUCAUUUUCGCUGAUGCUGCGAGAUGAGUUUUUGCAUAAUCAUCGUAAAUUUGUAUCUCUUUCUAUAUAACAAUACUGUAAUUACCAAAGGCAAGUCUAUUCUUAAAGAUUAAAUAACAUCAUUUGGUAGUUUCAUGGUAAUAGCUUGAUGUAAGAGGAAACAAGUGCUAAGUCACCUUCAAGAGCUCCGGUUAUAUCUGUUGUCAACUCUCUAAUCACAUCUAAGCACUCCUUUGAAGCAAAAAAUGUGCAUUGCUUUUUAUGUUAUUAAUGGUUACAUGUCACAUGGAAUGGCUUUUGUCAAAGCCUUUGUUUACCUUUAUUACCUCACUGUUAAGGGCUACAUACUGCUGCUGAUGACACUGCUCAAAGAUACAAAUAACGGGGCUUAUUUCUCCUUUGCAUGUGGUCCUUAUCCUCUGCACACAUGGAUCUACUAUAAACUGUGUCUUUGAAGGGUCUGUUCUACCUGAAAGUACUGAUGUCAGAACUCCAAUUUUCUCUCACGUUCAUAAUAGGUUUGAAUAAAAGGUUCCAGGAAUGGGCGUCUUACCCAAUUUAAAUUUGGUCUCCUAUUCAAAAUCAUCAUCUCAGCUUUGCACAAACACACUAAACAUCAAGCUGUUUCAAACGUAUUCAAAUUUCCUGUGGAGGAUCAUGUGGGGAUGAGAACUGGUCUCAGAAUAUCACUGAAUAGUUUUCACUGGAAAGGUCCACAGUAACCCGGGUCAUAGGCAGUACAUCAUGAAGGCUCAUUAUUAGUUUUUGUAUUUACCAGGUUUUUCAUCAUAAAUUUGUGUCCCACGGUGAGACUACUAACAUGAAUUCUGCUGUGCCAGGAGGUCUGAAGAUAAGCAAAUUAAGCAAAAAUGACAUGAACUGUGGGGUAAGCAGUUGUAUGCUGGUGGGCAUUGUUUCUUUCCUUUUCUUUUUUCUUUUUGGUUCACAUCAACAAGAUCUUAGUUUGUCCCUUCCCCAAUCUGCAAGACUUUGUUUUUAGAGUCUUGUUCCUCAAACAUGUUAAUCACACUGAUCUGUGAGUGUAAAAGUUUGGAAAACAGCCUGCAAAAAAACAAGAACCCCCCCCCAAAAAGCAAUAAAACAAACAAACAAACAAACAAAAAUCCAUGCUCUUUCAUUUUUUACCAUGCUGUU